UAUGACAAAAGCACAGACUAAGACGCCUGGAAAUGGUUUUAAUGGAUGGGGAAAUAAAAUCAUAACGAGUCUCCUUUAAAUAACGUAAAAAUUUAAAUAAAAUGACUGACCUUUUCCACAUGUUUUUGUGGCUUCAUAUUUCCUCCGUGGCAUGUUGGCCAUUUUUUUGUCAUGUCGCGUAGUUGCAAAGCAAACUAGUUGGAAGUAAAUGUGACUUCAUAUCGUUCUGUACUCAAAAGAUGAUAUUUUGUCCCUUCACUGGAGCAUACACAAUAUGACAUAUGAGCGUGGGGUUUAUUCUUAGUGUUUCACCGGUACGCAGACAUUUUUCUUAAUUAUUGACAGUGGCCUUCUGUGGAGUCUGCUGUGCACUCGACGGGCAGGAGGAGCGUCUGUUUCUGCAUGUCUAAGCAUUAGCAAAGCGCCAGAACCCAUCACUUGAACUGACGUGCGCACACACAGCAACGAAAAAAAGAAGGGAAAAAAAAAGCAUCUGGACUGGUGAAAUGCCCAACUGAAGCAUUUGUAACUAUCUGAUCGCCAUCUAGUGGUCAACAGGCAAAACUCCAACAGCAAAUGACAUUUAAAAUUAAUAGCCUUCAAUGGCUGAAGUGUGAGAAUGUCCAACUGGACACUUUUUGUGUUUGUGGUGGGUGUUGGUGUUUUUUUUUUUUUUUUCAUAAACAGUAACUUCUCCAACAUCUUUGAGUCAUAAGAUGACAGACUUUCAAACCGACCUCACAAUCUCACUGUUAUUGUUGUGAUACUAGAUUAUUUAUUUGGACAUUUAAAUGUCUGCUUUAUUCAGAUGGACUGAUAGAUACAAUAAGAUUAUUUACGGAUUCUGAUUAAAAACGCGGAGGUGAAAAGUAGAGCAAGUCAAAGGAACAGCUCGUGAUCCAAAGCAUAUCACAUCAUGUGUCAAACAUGGUCCAGUCAGUCUAAAGUGGGCCUAUUAGUGAGCAAAUCGGCAUAUGAUCAAAAAUGGCAUCAUACCACUCAUGUCAUUGUCCAAAUACUUGUGAACGGCACUCGGGUUGACGGUAGGGAAUCCUCCAAGCCACAGGAAAGUACUUUCCACAGCUAACAAAAUGCCCUGUCCUACAUCUGCCCCCCCCCCACCCCCAUCAAAGACCAAUAAGUUACCUCUUCACAAUUGAUUCGCCCUCUGCUACUUAAACGGAGUCCAUUAUGUUAUGCCGAGUCAGCAGUUGUCCACCACACCUACCUUUUGUUGCCCCGUUAGCACGCCGACAAACACACACACACAAAAACAAAUGCUACGAUUUGCUACGAGCACAUGGAUGGAAGUCGGAAUGUUCGGGCAUCCCCGACGACGUGCCCGCUUUGCGUAUCUGCAGUACUUUAAACAAGGCGCCGUUUAGCGGGGCCCCGUUAAAUGUGCUUUAAGCUCAGCGGUAUCGACGGGCGGGCUCCUUCACUCUUAAGUGCUGUUCGGAUAUCCCCUGCAUCAGCGGAUAUGUGGUGUUGUUUGUUUUUUUUAUUACAACUUUGCAUCCUUGAAAUGACCAAGCAUAUAGAGACGGACAAGCUGAAACGAUCAAACCUUCCAAACAAGCACACACACACACACACGUAGGUGAGAGGAGAUGGUGGUUGGUCGCCACCACGAGCAAUGGAGGCCGGUUGUGGAUCAUGUGAGGGGAUCGAUGCUUGUCAACAUCAUCCGACAGCAUGUGGUGGAAUUCUACUUCAACUUUGCGUCUUUUUGCUGGGAUUGUCUCCGAGUCUGACUCCUAACUGCUUGAUGUUUACGUUCACUUUUGUUUUGGCGUGAGAUGCCAUGAUGGGAUUGGAUGGCAUGGAAAUUAUUGCCAUGGUCGUUGUUGCGGGGAUGUUUUAUUUUGUGCUCAGACAGUUUGGGAUGUGUGAGCCUUUGUUGCAGGAAGAUAGCAUCGACAGUGACCUCGAGCUCUCCAUGGUACGCCAUCAACCCGAGGGUCUUGAGCAGCUCCAGGCGCAGACCCAGUUCACCAGGAAGGAGCUUCAGUCCCUUUACAGGGGCUUCAAAAAUGAAUGUCCCAGUGGGCUUGUGGAUGAAGAAACAUUCAAGACCAUUUACUCACAGUUCUUUCCUCAAGGAGAUGCCACCAUGUACGCACAUUUCUUGUUCAACGCCUUCGACAUGGACAGAAGCGGCGCCAUCCGAUUCGAGGACUUUGUGGUGGGCUUGUCCGUGCUGCUUCGAGGUUCGGUGACGGAGAAGCUGCGCUGGGCCUUCAAUCUUUAUGAUAUCAACAAGGACGGCUACAUCACUAAGGAGGACAUGUUGGCAAUUAUGACAUCCAUUUAUGACAUGAUGGGCAGGUACACCUUACCGAGUGUACGAGAAGAUUCCCCGUAUGAGCAUGUGGAGAAAUUCUUCCAGAAAAUGGAUCGGAACCGUGAUGGAGUGGUGACCAUGGAUGAAUUCAUAGACACCUGCCAGAAGGAUGAGAGUAUCAUGUCUUCCAUGCAACUCUUUGAAAACGUCAUCUAGCUUCAGGAGGAGGAACUGGAAACAUCUUAGUGAUCACCGUAGGUUUCCCCCCCCCACCCCGCUGACCACCUCCCAUAUAUUGGCCGUAGUAGCUGCAGAGAAUACUAAAUGCCAAUUAGAAGUCAGGUGUUUUUAGGGCAGGAGAACUUUAAUUUUUUUCAAUUUUAUCUUUGACAACUAAAUGACACUUGUAAUUCGUGACAUCACAUACCUGUAUGUCCCUAUGAUUGACUGGCAACCAGUCCGAGGUGUUAAUCUAGCACCGUAAGAAUAUGUGGUCAAGCCGAACAACAAGGCACACUCAGUGAUUACCUUACUUGUAUUUAUUUGUUUGUUUUGUAUGUGUGGCUUACAAAUAAUUUCCUGCAAUUGUGACGUCAUUACUGCAUGAGGGUAGUUUAGUGGGGCGGUAAAUACAAAUUCAGGUUACAUCACCAUUGUAGGAACAGAACCCCAUCGUAAACCAACCCAUGUACUGGUUAGUUUGAGAGGAGUUUUUACCCGGUUGGUUUUUUUUCUUCUUCGUCACAUUGCCGUCUGGUGCCAUCUACCUCUUGCAUUUAAUAUUGAUGUAAUCAAAGAUAUAUAUUUUUUUUCUUUGUUUUUGCACUGAUUUGUUGUGUUGCAUCUCAAGCUGCAUAAAUAAAUGUGUGUAGACUUA